UAGCAGACAAGCAACGUUACACACUCUCUCCAUCUCAGCUCCACAGAUUCCUAUAUCUUUCACACAAAGCUUCUUUCUUUCUCUCUCUCAACCUCACCCGCCGCCUUCACCUCCGUUCAUGGCGUCUUUACCGUCGGGUCUCGCCAACGGUGCUUCCAAGGGUUUUGAUUUUACUUCUGGUGACAUCCUAUGUUCCUACGAGGACAAUAAUACCAACAACGGCUCUUCUAACGGCAUUUACAUCGAUACCGCCAAGGAUUUUCAUGCAUCGAGGAUGGCAAAAACAUCCACAGUUCCUGCUACUGCCUAUAGUUCGUCCGAGGGUUCUUUGAGCCAGGAUGUGAUUGUCACUGUUGAGAAGACUAUGAAAACAUGUACCGAUAACCUUCUGCGGUUUCUUGAGGGAAUCAGUUCAAGGCUGUCAAACUUGGAAUUAUAUUGUUACAAUCUUGACAAAUCAAUUGGAGCAAUGCGAUCUGAUUUAAACAGUGAUCAUGAAGAGGCAGAUUCAAAACUCAAAUCUCUUGAUAAACACCUUCAAGAAGUACACAGGUCUGUGCAAAUUUUGAGAGACAAGCAAGAGCUGGCAGAGACUCAGAAAGAAUUAGCCAAGCUUCAACUCAUUCGUAAAGAAUCAUCUUCCUCAAGCCAUACACAGUCUAAUGAGGAGAGAUCUUCACCUUCUUCCAUUGAUCCAAGAAGAAUUGAUAAUGCAUCUGACACACACAACCUAGAGUUAGCCCUUGCCUUACCUCAUCAAGUGCCACCCCCAAAUGUGAGUCAAGCGACUCAACAACCUCGUCAUUAUCUGAUGCCGCCUACCCCCUCCAAUCCACAAGCUUGGAAUCAAUAUUUGGCGUGUGAUCCACACUAUCGAAUUCCACCAUCAACUUCAUCGUCUCCGGUAACCCAAUCCCCACCCGGGCAACAGUUAUCUCAGUAUCAGCAGCCACAGCACCAACAAUUGCAAUGGCCUCAACAGUUACCACCACAGCAGGUGGAUGUGCAAUCUUCCCAACCACCCUCAAUCCAGUCUCAAGUAAGACCCCCUGUCACAAAUGUUUAUACUCCUUAUUCUACCAGCCAAGCUACAAAUCAUCUUCCGACAGAAACACCACCACUACCACUACGACCACCACCACGGAACAGCAUGCCGAUGCAACUCUCUUAUUCAGGGAUUCCACCUCAAGUACCCAGCCAUGGUGAGGUUCUACCACAUGGAUACAGUGGAGGUGGUGGAACAGUUCCCCAACAACCUACGCUCCAACACAUGAAGGGCUCUUUUUCAGCACAACCACAUGUGUAUGGAACUAGCGGGAUCUACACCACUCAUCCUCCUGCUAGUUCCUUCACGGUGUAUGAUGGUGAGAAUGCAAGAUCACAUUAUCCGUCACAACAACAACCUUCUCAUACUGCUCAAGGUGGAUAUCCUCCAACUAGUGCUUCCCUUCACAACUCUGCACCACAUAAUUUUAUGGUUCAGAAUUCUAGCCAGUCACAAUUUCUUCGAGUCAAUCCCAACAAUGAACUGAUCGAGAAAUUUGUGAGCAUAGGAUAUAGAGGUGAUCACGUGAUAAGCACGAUCCAGAGGAUGCAAGAAACUGAGCAGCAUAUUGAUUUUAAUUCUGUACUUGACCGGUUGAAGGUGCAUAAUCCUCAGAGGGGAUGGUCAGGGUGAAGUGCCUCUACUGCAUAUACCGUUUGAACAAUGGUGGGAUGCUCUGUUCAAACUCUCAAAACAUUGCGUGUUUUAUCAUGCAUGUAAUACUAAACUUGGAUGUAAUAUAACGUGUUUUAGAAAUCAGGAUUAUUAUACAAGAUUUAUUGUUGAUUCCGUGAAUGGAAUUAUACGAAUCCAUUUGUUCAUAAAGAAAAUAAAUUGUUAGAAA